AUGUCUAAUAAAUCUGAAGAAGAAAAGAAAGAAGAAGAUAAAGAAACAACAACUCCAAAAGAACCAGAAUUACCACCUGAAGUCGAUGCUUUUUUUAAAGGCAAAAAUAAAUACAAACAUCCAUAUGGUGAUUGGAAACCUGUUGUUAAAGCAGAUCCUCUAAAACGUAAAACAUUUGGUGCGCAACUUGAUUUACCAGCAGAUAAUUGGCAUCUACCUGAAAAUCAACCUGUACCAGUAAUAACAGAAAUAAAAGAUGAUUCUCAUAUUAAGUUAACUUUUAAAGAACGAGAAAUCACUGGAAUAUCAUCUAACUCAUCAUCAAAAACAAGUGAACCAAUCGUAUUUAAAAAACGAAAAACAGCAUCGAAUAGACAAUUGCGAGGUUCGAAUACUAAACAUGAUCAAAAAAGAGGUCAUCCAGAUGAAAGCUAA